GUUUUAGGUUCUGUCUUGUCCGUCUUGUUUCCCUCUUCUAAUCCCCUCCCAGUGAUUUCUUCUUCCUGACUAUAGUCCCGGCAGUGAGUGAGUAAGAGCUGAGUCUUGUGAUCCUGAAGAAAUGAGGGGGAGUCUUCUGACAAUGCCCCCUGUACACCUGUAUCUCCUGAGCUUUACUCUGCUUUAUCCUGUUGUCCAGGGAGUGAAUGACCGGCCCAUAAUAGGUAUCAUCACACAGGAGGUGUCUGAUGAAGUAUUCCUUCAAUAUGGUAAAACAUAUAUCGCAGACUCCUAUGUGAAGUUUCUGGAGUCCGCAGGAAGCAGAGUUGUUCCUAUCCGGUUGAAUCUGAGUGAGGAUGAAUAUGUACAUCUUUUCAAUUCAAUCAAUGGAGUCCUGUUACCGGGAGGAGCAGUCAAUCUCUUAAAUUCUAGCUUUUAUGGAACAGCGGAAAUAUUUUAUAAGCUAGCUAUUGAGGCCUCAUUUUCUGGAAUUUAUUUCCCUAUCUGGGGCACUUGUAUGGGGUUCCAAAUUCUUACCGCGCUGACAUCGGGGAAGGACUUAUUAUGUAAUACGGCAGCUAAUAACAUCUCUCUUCCUCUCAUCCUCACUGAUGAUGUCUCUUCCAGUAAAAUGUUCCGUCAUGCUCCCUUGGAAUUACUACAUGCAGUCGCUAAGGAAAAUAUAACAGCAAACUUCCAUCAUUUUGGAAUAACUCCAGAGACUUUCCAUGCCAAUGAGAAGCUGUCUGCAUUUUACCAUAUCCUGUCCACAAACUAUGAUCGGCAUGGUAUGGAAUUCGUAUCCACCAUGGAGGCUCGGGAUUACCCCAUCUAUGGAGUGCAGUGGCAUCCGGAGGUGAACCGCUUUCAGUGGCGCAGUGACUCUGCCUAUCCUCAUUCCAUCCAUGCUGUUUGGAUAUCACAGUAUAUGGCAAACUUCUUUGUAAAUGAAGCCCGAAAGAAUACAAAUUACUUCUUAAACCCCAAGGAAGAAGAAUCGGCUCUUAUCUAUACUUGGCCCCUGACAUACACGGCUAACAUCAGUGGCUAUGAGCAGGUGUAUUUUUUCGAUUAGUCACCUGUUACAGACAGACAUUGACCAUUAUUGACCGACAGAAUGAUUUCCCCCCCCCCCCCACCCCCCCCCCCCCCAUGAUUCAAGUCUUCUUUAAAAGUUCACGGACCUGCAUACUGGGCAAAUUGCCUAUAGAAACUAUGAUGGAAAAGAAAUCUGGUUGGUUGUGGCCAUCUGCCACAAAUUUAGCCAUAACCUCUGAGGACGUCACAGUCAGUGACAAAACAUGUUAGGGGGGCGUUGUAAAAUUGUUUUUAAAGUCAGCACUCACCGUGCAUCAGGCACACACUGCAGGUAGCAUAGUACUGCAGGAGCAUAGUACACUCAGGGAGCAACGCUUAAUAUGGACUACAUCGGUGUAGUCAGUGCUGGGUUUUUAACCCUUACAUUCAAUUCUACUACUCACUAUUAAUCUUUAAGAAUAAAAGUGAAGUUUUACUUUUACAGUGAGGGAUAAAAGUGGACAUUUUACUUAGUUUAUUAUAACCUGAGUUGUGGAUAAAUUAACCAGUGGUAGUCCACCCCUCAUUUGGGUCUAUUUUUUUUCAGAUUUUUAUUUUUGUGACAUAACAGCCGUCAUGCCCCUUCCCAUUGACAUGAAUGGAGGGGUCGUGGAGUGAUAUCACUAAAGGGGAGGGGCCAUGACAUCUCAGUCUUGUGGGCAGCACCUGUCACAGAAUGCUGGGGGCUGCACCGAGAUCGCGGGGUCCCAGUGGUGAGACCCCUGUGAUCAGACAUCUAAUCCCCUAUCCUUUGUAUAGGGGAUAAGAUAUCUAAGACCGGAGUACCCCUUUAAAGAAGACAAUGUCCCCAGCACAUCGGCAGCUCUAGUAUAGUAGUAGUCAUAUAAAAGUUACUAGUCCCUAAAUUCAUUGGGGCUCCAGUAGUAUCUACAAGACUUGACAAAGACUACUGUGUGGGUUGAAACAUUGUUGUUUAGUUUUGUUUUUUUUUGUACCAUAGAGGAAUAAAUAAUUUUUCAUUGUUCUACAUGAACCCUCUUUUGGAUGCUGUUAUUUUGCACUGUGGACCCCUUCAUAAGUCAAACAAAAUGAGGGAUCUGUUUAAAAAUUCAUAUCUACUUCUCUUAACAAAGUCUAAAUUGGCGUAUUCCACUAUUCUGUAAAUGAAUCAUUUAGAGGGAAAAUAAAAUU